CAGUUUCAGUGAACAUUGACAAUACAAAACUGGGUGGCGAUGGAUUUUGGGUGAAACGAAAAGUAUACCACGAUAGAAGCGUUGAUUUUGAUUUGACUUCUAUCAAGCACAGGAAUUGCGGCUACAGAUCCUUGCCAGGUGCUUGCGAAAUGGUUAAAAGUGAUAGAAAUAUGCAGGAUGAUAAGUUUUUUAGUAUAACAAAUAAUAGGCUAGGUAACAUGUCUAAUUUGAUCGAAAACAACAACGAAUUACAUGAUAAUAAAAUGGAUAAGUCAAUACAAACCCACAAUAAAUUUGUUUUUCCUCAAAAGAUACCAGCAUGCUGGUUGAAGGUCUGUCCGGCGCCGGAGAGUGCGGACGAAUCACUGUGCUCCACAGUGUUCCGCUGCUGCGUCUGUCAGCUCGGGAUAGCGACCUUCCUCGUCAUUUGGACUGUGAUCUGGAUCUUCAUUAUCAACUACUAUGAAGAACCUUACGAGAUCAAAGUAUCAAGGGAUUUCGAAAAACAGCAAAAUCAACUUGUGAUAGACCUGGCAACCGAGUUGCGUCAAAUAACCCCUCUCUCUCCCAAAUGGAAGGAAGCCAUCUGGAAGCGGAUAGGUGAGGAACGCAAGCUGACCAUGCAAGCCGUGGGUCGCGGCGCCAUCCUGCAACCUGGACAAUACUGGACACCCGCCGGAACCUUCCUGUUCACUGUUUACGUCAUGACUGCACUAGGUUUUGGUGCUCCUGUCCCACAAACAUUACGAGGCAGAACUGCAGCCCUCCUGUAUGCAAUAUUAGCCGUGCCCACACACAUCUAUUUGAUGGUGAACUUGAGUACAUGCAUCGUAUGCAAAGUCGGUAGAUACAUCAGGGCAGAUAAGAAAUCCGACCUAAUACAAGAAGAUUCUACAACAGACAAAAAUGCAGGAAGCCCGACUUGCAGCAGAAAUUCAGAUGUUAUGAAGGGAAGAAAAUCUUUCAGAGAAAGAAUAUUGCAUUCGUUAAGAUUCCUAUGGGUCUGCCGCGGCGUGCCUCUGGCAGCCAUUUUGUACUACUCUGUCGGGGCUGUCGCGUUCGGAGUGUGCCGGGGUAAGAAGGGGCUGGACGUGGCCAUGUUCCCGCUGGAAUUCACCACCAGUGGAGGGCUCGAACACGUGGAGGAACACGUAAGAUUCCUGUACGGCUUCUAUGUGGAGGGCGCGAUGACUCUGCUGUCCUGCGUGCUGGCGACCAUUAGACUGCACAGCAUGGCCGCUGCUUACUCUGUGGCCGACCAUUACAAACUGUUCGAUUACGAUUUGUGAAUAAUAUAAUAUAGUAUUUCUCGUUAAAAAAAAGAUUAUUUAUUAUCAAUAUAUAAUAAAUAUUGUUUUUCCUGUAAAGUUAUUCAGAA